AUGGAACGAAUCAGAAGUGAUGUAACGUCCGGUGUUGGUUGGCUUACGGAAAAUAUCAAAUUCCAAAAUUCCAUCAUUUCGAAUGCUCCAACCGAACGACUAGCAAUUUGGCUUUUGGAAAAAUUCAAAUCUUUACCAAUUCAAUUUGAAUCAGCAUCGGUAAAAAACUCGAUCGAUUUGGUGAAUAAAAUCAAAAACACAAAAAUUGCAGACAAUGAAAUUCAAGUUUCUUUUGAUGUCGAAUCUUUGUUUCCAAAUGUUCCAAUUGAUAUAACGCUACAAAUUCUUCAUGAUUGGCUUGUGCAAAAUGGAGUCCAUGACAUCGAGAGAGCUGAAAUUAUCAAUUUAACUAGGAUUUGCAUGAGUGAAAGUUGGUUUCAAUUCAACGGAAAGUUUUACAAACAAAAUUUCGGUUGCUGCAUGGGAUCACCAUUGAGUCCAUUUUUGGCGAAUCUAUUCUUGUCGAACUUUGAAACAGAGAUGAAGAAAAAUGCAUAUUUUCCACGUAUUUGGCACAGAUAUGUUGACGAUGUAUAUGCCGUCAUCAAAAAACAUCUUUUGAGGCAAUUUCUAAAUCAACUAAACAACACUAAAUACACUACAAUCAAGUUCACGCAUGAAGUAGAGGAUAAUGGUAAAAUCAAUUUUCUUGAUUUAGUCUUAAUUCGAAAUGAUGGAAUUUUGGAAUUUGAUAUUUUCCGUAAGCCAACCAACACCGGACGUUACAUCACUUCUGAUUCGUUCCAUUCUUUCCAACAUAAAAUAUCAUGCUUCCACUCUAUGAUAUAUAGAGCAUUUAAUGUUCCAAUGAAUGAGGAAAGAUUCAACAACGAAAUUAAACGAAUUAAAGAUAUUGCAAAUUUAAAUGGAUAUACCGAUCAUCUAAUAAAUGAAUUGAUUGUUGCACACAAGAGGAAACGAGAACUUCGGAAUCACACCAAUUUGAGUCUCAUCACCAGCGACGAAGUAGCUGAAACAUGGUCAGGUUUCGCACAUCAUCCAGAACUGAUAGGGGGUAUAAAACCAAUUUUCAAUCAACAUAACAUAAAAAUUGGUGAAUUCAGCGAAAUGAAACUCAAACAUUCAAUUGGUGGAUCAAAGGAUAAAAUUGAAGCACAUCACAAUUCGGGCAUUUAUGCAAUCAAAUGCAAUGAUUGCAACAAAGAAUACAUUGGCCAGUCAAGGAGAGCUAUAAUCAUGAGAUACGGUGAACAUGACCGACACAUCACCAAUGAAGAACCAGAAAAAUCAAGAGUAGCCAAACAUAUGAUUGAAAACGGUCACAAAAUGAGCAUAGCAAACUUGAAACUUUUACACCGAGUUAACAAGUGCAAUGAACUUGAUGCAUAUGAGUCGUAUUACAUCAACAGGAACAAAAACAACAGUAUGAAUGAAAACGACGGACCGAUCUAUAAUUCCAUUUUUGGCAAAUUUGAUGUGUAG